AUGUGCCAUAUCCUUUACCCUCUGCCAAUAAGUCAUCAGUAUUAUCAGCCAGGGGACCUGAGCAUUUCUGGCAUAAUUUCUCAAGUCUUCACAUUUUCCAACCCUGUGACCUACAACCAGCAUCCAUCUCACAACCUCCUGGGUGAGAUUGGAUUUGUGACUCAGAUCUAUCAACAUACCCUGGCCUUCGUAUUUGCUGUGAUGGAGAUCAAUGAAAAUCCUCAUAUAUUACCCAAUACUUCCCUGGGCUUCCACAUCUAUAAUAGCCAUUUUCUUCCAAGUGGUACUUUACUUGCUUCCCUGGAGCUUCUCUCCACGUGGAACAACUUUAUCCCAAACUACAAGUGUGAUACUAAAGAUAAUGCUAUGGCAGUCAUUGGAGGACCCGAUUCAGAUGUGGGGUUUUCUUUGGCAACCAUUCUGAGCAUCUACAAAGUACCUCAGUUCACUUAUGGUUCUGCUCCAGUAAUAAAUGACCCAUCCCAAAGUGUGUUUUCUUUACGGAUGUUCCCUAGUAGGGAGCAUCAAUAUUUGGGAAUCCAACAACUGCUGCUUCUUUUCAGGUGGAUCUGGGUUGGAGUUAUUUUUAUAGAUGAUGAGAAUGGAUUGAGAUUUGUACACACGAUACUGCCCAAGUUUUCCAAGAAUGGCAUCUGCUUUGAUUUUAUAGAAACUUUGCCUACCUUAUAUUUUGCCUCUGGUGUUGAUGAAAUGGUGAAUAAAUGGAUCAGAAUAUACAAGAUAAUUAGUGAUAGCACAGCCAACGUAGUGCUCAUACAUGGAGAAAUUCACACUAUGAUCUUUUUGAGGAUGUUCCCCCGCGUUUCAGAAUUUGAAAACCUACCCAUCAAAACCAAGAGCAAAGUGUGGAUUAUGACAGCCCAGAUGGAAUUCACAUCAGUUCCCUUUCUCAAAGACUUUGAGGUUGAUAUUAUCCAUGGUGCUCUCUUGGUCACCCUUCAUUCAACGGAUGUGGUGGGAUUUCAAACAUUCCUUAAAAGAAGAAACCCAAAUGAGGAAAAUGGAGAUGGGUUCAUCAAGGACUUCUGGCAACAGGUCUUCAACUGUCACUUCUCUUCUCCAAGAGAGGACAAGAUGGAGGAAAAUGUCUGCACUGGGGAAGAGAAGGUGGAGACACUGCCUGGUUCUGUUUUCGAAACCACGAUGACUAGUCAUAGCUACAGCCUCUACACUGCAGUUUACACUAUGGCUCAUGCUUUGCAAUCCAUGGAUUCAUCCCAGUUCGAUUCCAGAAUGACAGCAGAAAUAAAAAGAAGGAAUUCCAUCACUAAAGAGCCAUGGCAGGAAUCACCCUCUUCCUUGUGCAAUGACCUUUGCCAUUUGGGUCACCGGCGGAUGAAAAAGGAAGGCAAUCCGUUCUGUUGUUAUGAUUGCCUUCCCUGUCCAGCUGGGGAGAUCUCAAGCCAGAUGGACAUGGAUUCCUGCACUCCAUGUCCAGAAGAUCAUUAUCCAAACAAUUACCAGGAUCGCUGCAUCCCCAAAGAUGUCAGUUUUCUGAGCUACGGAGAACCUUUGGGGAUCAGCCUGACAACUCUUGCUGCCUUCUUUUCUUGCACAACGGCUCUAGUGCUUUGGAUGUUCCUUAAGUACAAGGAAACCCCCAUCGUCAAAGCCAACAAUAGGAAUCUCACCUAUGCCCUGAUCAUUUCCCUCCUGCUCUCUUUUUUUUGCCCUUUGCUUUUUAUUGGUCAGCCAGAGCAGGUGAAGUGCCUGCUUCGCCAAAUAACUUUUGGCAUUAUCUUUUCAGUGGCGGUUUCUUGCAUUUUGGCCAAAACACUAAUUGUAGUUCUGGCCUUUAUGGCCACUAGACCAGGCUCUAGGAUCAGGAAGUGGGUGGGGAAACCACUGGCCCAGUCUGUUGUCUUCUCCUGUUCCCUUACUCAAGUCACCAUUUGUGCGGUUUGGCUGGCAACCUUUCCUCCAUUCCCUGAUGUUGACAUGCACUCUCUGGCUGAAGAAAUUGUCCUUGAAUGCAAUGAGGGUUCAGCUACCAUGUUCUACUGUGUCCUGGGUUUUAUGGGCUUCCUGGCCAUGAUCAGCUUCACUAUGGCUUUCCUAGGAAGAAAGUUACCAGACAAUUUCAAUGAAGCCAAGUUCAUCACCUUCAGCAUGAUGGUCUUCUGCAGUGUGUGGCUCUCUUUCAUUCCAACUUAUCUCAGCACCAAAGGGAAAUAUGUGGUAGCUGUGGAGGUCUUCUCCAUUUUGGCUUCUAGUGCUGGUUUACUAGGCUGCAUUUUCCCUCCCAAAUGCUACAUCAUUCUGUUCAGGCCUGAGCUGAAUGACAGGCAGUACCUGAUGAGAAAGAAAUAA